AUGGCCUCCUCCACUUGUACUCGAGCCCAGCUGGCCAUCGCCCUCCUCGCCGUCGCGCUGUGCAAUGCGGCGUUCCUCGUCGUCGUGGUGGACGCCGGCUACCCCCGCGGCGGCGGCGGGGACUACAGGGCGCAGUUCCUGUUCCAGCAGAACGCGGCGCGGGCGGCGAUGGGGCUGCCGGCGCUGAGGUGGGACGAGCGGGUGGCGGCGUACGCGCGGUCGUACGCCGAGUCGCGGCGCGGGGACUGCGCGCUGGUGCACUCGUCGGGGCCCUACGGCGAGAACCUCUUCUGGGGCAGCGGCACCGGCUGGGCGCCCGCGCAGGCCGUGGGGGCGUGGCUGGCGGAGCGGCCCCGGUACGACUACUGGAGCAACCGCUGCAGCGGCGGCAUGUGCGGGCACUACACGCAGAUCGUGUGGCGCGGCAGCACCCGCGUGGGGUGCGCCAUGGUCGAGUGCUACGGCGGCCGCGGCACCUUCAUCACCUGCAACUACGACCCGCCCGGCAACUACGUCGGCAUGCGCCCCUACUGA